UAGCGCGUCGUUCCAAGGAAACACAACGAGUGUGCUAGUGGCACGGCCCCCGGUGUGCUCACUCCACAGUGCUGCUGUGUCGAAUGACGAAUAAUAAUUUAAUCCCCGAUUGACUAUCGAUUUUAAUGAUAAUUAAUAAACAAGGUGAUUGAGUUAUCCGUGAGGGCCUCAUCAAAAUGGCAGACUGGCGGUCUCCCGCGGAGGAAGCCGCGGCCACCGACCUGUGCGACGAGAGUCGCGUGCCGCGUGAACGACACAAAAAGCGCGUAGUGGAGCAUCAGUCUCCGUUGACGGCACUUGUCGUUCAUCAUCUCCAACAUCAGGCUUUUGUCCUUGACACAUCGUGUUGCAAUGAUAAAAGUGAUACAAGUGCCAGUGACAAUAGUCGUGAUGUUGAUAAUGUAGAGAGAUGCAAUGGUGUGAUGAGUGAUGGGUUGAAUGUUGAUUGUUUAAAUAAACGGGAUAACAAUGAUAUUGUGAAUGUUUAUAUGGUGAAUGGUAAAGCCGUGAACGUUAAGGGGAGUAAUGUACCGUUGAAUAUGAUCAGUGGUGAUGAUAAAUUGUUGGUAAAUGGUGAUUGUGAUAGAAAAUUGGUGAUUGAGAGGUGUACGACGAAAAUGCCAGAUGAUGGAGAUGAGGGGAUUGUGGUGUUGGGUGGUGUUGCUGGCAAGAGUGAUGGUGGUGAUUGUGUCAGUGAUGUGGUACGUGAGGUUGGAGAUGGUGGGGUAAAUGUUACUGUUGUUGAUGCUGCUGCUGCUGCUGUUGCUGUAUCAGCUAUACCAGAAACAAUGAAGGAAAUAAAACAGAGUAAACAUACGGAUGGUAAUGGGAGUGAGCUUGUUGCCAGGCUAGGUAGCCCAUACAAGGGACAGAUCAGGACCGCUGAAGACACCCUCGUUGGACCCUGCGGCAAGAAACGGUGCGCCGAUCGAUACGACAGCUCCGAGAGCUCCGACAGUGGUGUCGCGAUAUCCUGUGGUGAAUGCAGCAGCAGUGGAACAAGCGAUAUUACCGAGCCCGGUUCACCCUGCAGCACAAGUAGCGACGAGGGGGUGGCAAUAGGGGGGGCAGCGGCUAGUAGUCCACUGCCCUCAUUACCCAAACUGGCACCAGCUACAUCAUCUAUGCACAAUGGGACCAGGCCCCAGUGGCCAUGGGCCCCACCACUAGCUGCAACAGCGUGCUCAGCUUAUAAAACCCACAAGGGAGAACCGGAAAUUGGCACACUACCAAAAGUUGGCGCUGCUGAUCCCACUGCCAGGGCUGGUAAGACAACGCAAUUGGGGAAACAACAGAAUCAUCAGGAACAUCAAGGGAAGAUCACUGAGUAUUUCAAGACGCAGAUAAAACCUCAGCAACUGAAGGCGAAGAAACCCACCGCCGAAAUGUCUGUGAUGAUAGCGAAGAAUUCCUCCGAGUUUCGUCGGCCUCCAACAGUCCAGAGGAACAAAGGAGGCCUAGCAAAGUACCUGGGUGUAGUAACGCCAAAUGGAAGAAUCGAUCACGACUGGGAAGUGAGAACAAUGACAGUAUCACCACCUCUAACACGAAAACUGCCAACAGUAUCACCUCGUGUCAGUGUCACAAAGUUGGAUAAAAAGCUGAUAUCCAAAUCAAUACCGGGUUUUCCAAUAUCGAGUGAAGUACUAUCGAGUAUUCCAAGUUGCAAGAUAUCAUCACUAAGAUUAACGAGUGAAGCAAGCCCAAAUGCCAGUAGUGAUUCACCACUGUCACCACCCACACCAAAUCAUCAAAGUCAGACUGAGCCAGUGGCAACGAUUGAAUUCGAAUCAACUGCCAAGCCCACUGUCAACGAGAACAACAACGUGACAAUUUGCAGUGGCAAUCAUAUCAACAACAAGGAGCAUCCUCUCUCGUGGAUGGUGAAUGGUUUGUUGGACAAGAGGGAGGAAGAUAAGCCGAGGACAACAUCCAGGAUCGAGGAGGACGAGGAGGAGGAGGAGGAGGAUUCAUCGAGGAGUAGUGAAUCCAAACCAUCGACGAGAAGCAGUGAAUCCAGUUCACCGAUAUUGACAGCACCAACUACCAUCAGAUUUCCUGCCCGGGCACCAGCUAAAAGUAGUAGUCAAACCAAUGACAGUGGAGUUUGCAGGUGGGACAAGUGCAAUGCCAAUUUCGAGUGCAGUGGAUUGCUCCUCGAACACUUGCAGGUGGCCCACAUCAACACACAAACUGGGGGUGACAAUUUCGUGUGUCAUUGGCAAGGUUGUAAAGUAAAAGGCAGAACUUCAUGCUCCAGACGAUGGCUGGAACGACAUGUGCUUUCCCAUGGAGGAAACAAACCAUUCAGAUGCAUAGUCGACGGCUGCGGCAGUAGAUUCAGUUCACAGCCGGCACUUGAGAGGCACGUGAAUAGUCACUUCAAUCAACCGGAGACGAGUACAAGUAACAGCAGGAGAAGUUGUGAAAAUGGUGGAAAGCUGGUGCGAAGGAACGGAAAAAAAUUGAGAUACAGGAGACAACCGUGGUCGGCCAGGCUGUUCGAUUACUUCGAUACUGGAGUGAUGGAGGGCCUUCAGCACAGGCUAUUGGAGCUAGCGAAAACCAGGACUCAGGGAUUGUUGGCAGAAACGCCGGGAAAUUCAAUGACCUUAACUAGUCAAGUUUUAGCCAGAAGAAUCGAGAAGGAUGGGAAAACCAAGGUGCUCGUACGUUGGUAUCCACAAGACAUUGAGCCGGAUGAAUGGCUAUUGGAGUCAGAAGUACAAAGCACAAAGCACAUACAAGUACGAAAAGCUGCAACUACCUCAGUAGACGAGGUAAGCCUGGUAUUGUAUCCAGCAAUCAACGGUGGUUCACCACCAACGACACGAGUGAAGCAGCGCCGAAAGCCGGUUAAAAAUUCGUGAUAAUGUAGCCUGAUGUUAAAGAAAAAAAAUCAACAAUUUAAGUUGAUGCUUCUUUCAUCAUCUGAACAACGGGACAGCGCAUGAAGAAGAGGAAGGAGAGAUCAUCUAGGAAAUUAGAGCCACUGCCACAAAUCUAUUUUUCGAAGAAGAGAGUGAUCUAGGAUCUUAUCAACUGAUCAGAUAAUCUGACAUCGUUGGAUAUUAAUCAUUCAGGUUCAAGAAGAUUAUGAGUUUGUUCAUUCGUCUCGUUAAAUUCAAUUUCAUUCGAUUAAUCUAGAUGUAAAAAAUGCCCAUCGCGAGGUGGUGAAGGAAAGCAUCAGCACGUAUUAAAUAUAUCAUAGAAAAAAUAUAUAUAUUUCAUGAUGUAAUUGCUACUGAUGAUGAUAAACUCCAUUCUCUGAUUUAUUUCUCAAGAGUCUAGCAGUGCCAGGUUUGAUCCGAAAAAGUGCCUCACCCCUUGGAAUGUAGCGUUUGCUGGCUUGACAUAAAAUCAAUGCAAUGAAUUCAAAUGUCUGGAUCAUAAAUAUGGAGAUGAUAACAAAUUGUGGGAUGUAUUCACGCCUAAAUUGAAAGGGAAUUUCAUAAUGAUCUAUUUAAGGUCUAAAUCACUUAAUUAUUUUUUAAUGUUAAGUGUUAGCUAACGAUUAUGCAAAAAAAAAAUUAAUAAAAGUAAAGUAGAGAAGAGUAAUAAGAGCACAAAAAUAAUAAUCACUCUGGUGGCCUUAUGAACAAAUUGUUUUUUCGAACUUUGAUCCCUGGCGCUGAUAGACACUAGUGUCAUUCACUCUGCUGAUCGUUCUAAUUUAUCAUUAAAAAAUUAGAAUUAUCUGCGGAAGAAUUCACUUCGGCCAGAGAAAUGAAGAGGAUUAUUUUCGUGAUACAAUUUAAUGCGAAUUCGACAGAUUCUAGUUUAAUUUUUUAGAUGAACUGAGGAAGAAAGUCAAUGGGAAAGUCACAUGUCUUUACUGUUUUUUUUAAAGGCCUGAGUACACCAUAACGAAUUGGAAAUGAUUAUUUGAUUUUAUCUUAAUUGAUUAAUUUGUCAAUUCAGUUAGUUUUUUGCUGAAUUUUCACUCAUCAAAAUUUUUUGAUUUUGCCAUUUUGUUCGGGCAGUUUAAUUUACAACUUUCCAAUAAAUUAUAGUUUUGAAAAACAUUAAUUGCGUGCUCUUAUGAAUGGUCUGAGUGCAACAUAACAAAUUGAAAAUAAUUAUUUUGCAUUUCCAUUUCAUCAUAAUUAAUUACUUUAUCAAUUAAUUACUUUGUUGAUGAAUUUUCCACAUCUCAUUUUUUCUUUAUUUUGCCAUUUUGUUCGGUCAGUUUAAUGUACUCUUUUCAAAUGAAUUAUAUUCUAAAAAUUCAGGUAGCACGUCAUUUUCGCUGUACGAAUUCAUCAGUUGCUGAUCUGACACCCAAUUACCCGUAGAUAAAAUUAUCAAGGCUGUGUUCACAUUUUUCCACACCUCGCGAUGAGGUAUCUAACAAAUACCAAAUGAACACAAACUGUUCUGUGGAAGAAUAAUAUGAAGAGAAAUCGUAGAAAGGAAUGAAAAAAGAAAAAAAAAUGAAAGGAAAACAAUGGAGAAGUAAUGUGUACACAUAAAUAGCCGAUAGAGAAUUAUUUGUAAAUUAUGAUAAAGUGUGAAUGGAGAUUGUAAGAGCUAGGUUGAAGUGGGUUUAUCGAGCGUCGAGGAUUGUAAUUAGAGUGAGAUAUUGACGAUACGAAAACACACAGACACAAGCACACCAGCUGUGUUACACUGCCAAUACGUGUAUUUAAGACUAGAUUUAAUUAAAUAAUUGAGUAAUUAAUUGUGUGGAACGAUCGUGUAAUCGUGUAGAUCUCUGACCACAUUAGGUUACACUCAACAUUUGUCAUACGAUUUAAUUAACAAAUCCAAAUCCGAACGUAACGAAAUAAAACGUCAAAAGUUCAGUAGCGAAGUGGUAAAACGAGAUAAUUCGCUUUUGACAGUCGAUCAAUUUGUGACGAAUAUCUCGAAAUCGACGAGAGAUACGAAGAUUUUUAUCAGAAUCUUUUUUGUGGGGCUAAUUGAGUACUACAAUAAAUGUUAUGACAACAAUUUUGCCAUCUCUCUUGGAUUCGGAGAUAUUGCGCGGAAACUCUCCUCAGACUUCGCUUCUGAAUUUUCGAUUGUAGUAAUGAACGUACGACAAAUGAAUGUUUCACCUUGUGGUUAUUUUUUCUUUUGUAAAUAAUUAGGUGAAAUUAUCAUUCGAAUUAUGCGCAUACGUCGAAACCAUGUUUCAUGAGUAAUUCACGUCUCAACGAUACGUGAUCCCCGACUCUUGUAGAGUCUAACAAAUUUUGGUAACAAUUUUAUCAUUUUUUUUCUCGUAUUUUUCAUUUUCAUUUUUCUACCGUUUAGUCUCAUACUAAAUUUAAUAGUAUUUUCUAUGAGAUGAUACGCACAAACGGGGGAACCCCAAUGUCAUUCUCAUUAUUGAAAUGAUCGUGUUAAAGGGUUAAAGGACACUGCCAAGGACACUGCCCGUAUUUCUAAUUAUUUCUCAUCAGUGUUAGUCUGAAUUAUUUCUUUUGAUUUACAUUUUAUUAUUAUUAAUUUUGGUAUAGCAGUACUCAAAAAUUAUGCUGCCAUUUAUUGCGAUAUUGUCCGUCAGUUAAUUAUUAUAAUUAUAAAUGAAAAUAUUCCACUGCCUAUGGACGUUAAAGAUAAUUUCAAAUGGCAAAUGAAAUUUAAAAUUUGUGUUCAGAAUGAUGAGAUAAAUUUUUGGAUUGAAAUGUCUUCAAAUUAAAUCGCAUUCCCUUUCCUUAAUCCAACAGCAUCGGCGAGAAAGGGUCGCUCGUUCACUGAUCGUUAGAAAUUUUUUGAUCGACUCAUUUGAUUGAAAAACAAAAAUUCUGUUUCGUGGCUCAAUCGGUUGCCGAUAAUAUUAACUAAUUCGAAAAUUACAGUAAAUAAAGUGUCAAAAAGUAACGGGAGAUUUUUCGUUUUUCCACUCGACUAUGGGACCAAUUUUCAUGUUAAAAACGGCACAUAAAAAAUUAAAAUUUAUUUGAGUUACUUACUAACUUUUUACUACUUCAGUUUUUUACUUCACUUCAUGAAAUUAUUUAUCGGUAACUGGAUUAUGCUUGAUCUCCAGAAAAAUUAAUAUCCGAGCGAUCUAAAUGACGAGUGUUAUGGCCUACAGACUGACGAUGAAGAAAUGUCAAAAAUUAGUAAUUAAAAGUUUAACUUUAAGAUUCAAUUGUUCAUCAGUCGUAUUGCGUUUGACAUUGAAUCCCACCUGAGGUAUUAGAAUUUAGGGUGCUCAUGAAUUUUUUUUUUCGUUCUUAGAAGACUGCUUGGCUGAAUGUCACGCCAUAAAUUUUUUUUAGCUUGUAAAUGGCGAUGUAGAAAAAAAUGAUUUCGAUGACUGAUGAAAAUAUAAGUAAAUUUUUUGUGAGAAUUGAUCAGAUGCGGCCCUUUCUCCGAACAUGUCAAUUUCUUUUUUUUUUAAUUAUAGGAAAUUUUAUGAACAUGUUUAUAAAUGAAACAUUUUAGAGUCGCCAUUUAUUUACCUGCGAUUCCCUCUGGUAUUUGAAGUACACAUAUGUUGUAUAAUAUUGCUAAAUACUAAAUUAAAAAUAUUUUUUAGGAUUAGGCCGAGAGAAUAAGUUAUCAAUAUAUUAAAUAAAAAGAUAUGGCUAUCACUGCCAGUGAUGGAUAAAUACUGUAAUGUUCAUUUUUUUAAUUAAUUUUCAUUAAGAAAUCGAGGGGUUUGAUAUGCGUGAAUUUAUAUCUGGAGUGAUUUAUAUUUGUUUUCCGAUAGAAAAAGAAUAUGAUAAAUAGAAACUAGCUUCGAUAAAUUUUGCUAGCAAAUUUUUUAAAGAAAGGAAUUAUGUAAAUAAAUAAACCCAAAAUAAUGAUUAAAAAAAAUGACGAAUUGUGCACACAAAUAAUUCAUUUAAAAAAUGAAGAAUAUAUCCAAAAGUAAAUAAAAAUGCAGAAAUGUAUGGAGUAUUUGUAUUUUUUCAGAAAUUACAGAUAAUGGAAAAGACAGGAAAAUUGAACAAAAUUAAUGGGCGAAUAGUCACAACUUCCAAGUGAAAUAUUUCGAUGCAAUAACCCGACUGAUAAUGUCUUGAAAAUUCUUUUUUCCUUGAUCUGAUUUCAAUUUCAUCUUUAUUAUUAUCAGCGGAAGGCUUUGACCUCGAACAAUGAUAUUAUUUCACUCAGUUAAUCUCCAUUUCCCUUUCAUGCUGCGCAAAUUUCCUCAAUUAUCAUUCUUACAACAUCCUUAUCUCUCGAAAUUUCACGUGUGAAUGACUUUCAAGUGAACGAGAUAAACGAGUGAAUGAUCGAGUCAAAACAUAUGUGCAGAAUCAUAAUCGAACUCUAUUUUUCGAGAGCUCAUUGAUCCUUUCAGAUCACAUGUAAAUAAUUCGGAUUUAUAGGGAAGGAGGGGAGGAAAAAUGACUGAAGUGGCGGAGAAUUUUUGGUUUAGUUCAUUCGAUUUUGUGCUCCAAAAUUGUCACAACAGAAUUUUUGUAACAAGAGCAAUCGAAGAGGAAGAAUAAAUUUUUUCAGAGUUUGUACAUUUUUCUAACACUAAAAAAUGGUUGGAUACGAUAAAAAAGUGUCUGACUUUGAAACCGAUAUCAUUGGGACAAUAGAUUUAUUGAAAUUUAAUUUAAUUGAAAUAACUUCUGUCAGAAAUUUUUUUAAUGUUUAAAAAAUGUUCAGAAGAGACCGGGGAAAUUCAGAGAUUUGUUUUUACGAACGUUUUUCAAGCACUAAAAAACGUCUGAAUGCAAUGAAAAAUUGUCUGACUUGCAGACAAACAAUAUCCAAAUAAAUAAAUUUUAUAACUUUACUCAGAAGUUUUUUAAUGUUUAAAAAAUGUUUCAAAAGAUCAAGAAAAUUCAGAAAAUCGUUUUUGCUGUGCGGCUGCGCGAGAUUAAAAUUAUCUUUUUCAUUAAUUAUUGAUUUGUAACGAAGUUAAGGUCCGAGACAAUAUCGUAGUCAAGAUGGAGUUCGUUUAGAAAUAAUUUUUUUGACAAAUAAUUGAUGUUAAAAGGCAUCACAUGAAGGGGGUUCGUUACCACUUGCCAGACCGGACAGCUGAGUUUUGAAUAUCACGGGUUAUUGAUAUGAACAUGCCUCCAAUUUUUCAUACAACAGUUAGUUAUAUAUUCCACAUGUUCCACAUGUUCCACACGAUCCAUAUGUUCCAUAUGUUCCACACAACAACUGAUCUUUGACGGGAAAAUAAUUAUUUUAGUAGCAAAGCAUUAAAUCGAUUUUCGUGAAUAUUCAUAUUUAAAAAAUUGCGGAAAAUUUUGUUGUCUCGAGACGUGUUUCUCAACAAGUGCGAAAUUCCUUAACUAAAGUUUUUCUUCUCUGAGUACACGAUAUCGCUUUGGUGAAAAUUUAUCAGUAUGUUUUUAUCAAUACAAGACGCACUUGUUAACAAAACUUUUUCCUCAGUGCAGUGAUGACAUUGUAAAAUUUUAUUGGGGUAAGGGGACUGUUCCUGAAAUUAUUUAAAAAUUUUCUAUAAAUCUCUGGAAAUUCUCAAAAAUACAACCCGAUCUUCUCACAAAUAUAUCUCGAUCGAUGCAGUCGUUUUUGAAAAAUCGUAAUUUGUUUACAAUUUGUUUUCCAGAAAUAUCUUCAAAACUAAUCAAGUCCUUCAGCUUUUUCUUUUUUCAUAUUUUUCGUCAAUAUGGCUUCUAUUGGAAUCAAUCAAAAAUUGGAAAGUGAACCCCGAAAAAAAUCACAGUUAUUGUUAGUUUUGUGUUAAAAAAAAUUGUUGUUCGCCCUCUCACCCGCACAAAAAUCGAGUUACCAACUUAAAAUUCCGAGGGGAUCUUCUUCCCCUCUAACUAAACAAUUCUUUUGGUAGACAUGGAAUUUUUAUUGUAAAAUGAUUAUGUGAAAUAUCUCAAAUAUGACUGGAGCCAAUUAGUUUUUUCAUAUCUGAAAAUUUUGGUUUUAUUUCUCUCCAAAUCUCGUUGCAUCACACUCGUGUGUAAAAAAUACUGUUGUGAUAUUUUUGAGUUUCAGAAUCGAAUCGUGACGAAGAGUUUUGUGGAAAAAAUUCUCUCACAUUUCGGUAAUUUUUCCAAUCCUCUGUCCUCUCAACAGUAGCGUGAGAUCGUAGAGAAGCACGUAUAUCUAUAUUAUAUAAAUGGUGUUUGCAUUUAUUAUAAAUUCUAUGUAGAGUGCAAAUAUAUACAUACAUAUGGACGACAGAUGAAGAGUAAUUAAACAGAGAACGAGCAAAAUAUAAUGAGAGAAUCUUUGAUUCGCGAUUACGGGUCAAUCGGACACGUGGUUACGAUUUCGAGAUUAUUUUUUUUCACUGAUCGAUGAUUUUAUUUUCACUCGUCAAAAGUGAAAUUUGUGUUCUUUUUUUUAUAUCAUCAUUCACAUAACUUUAGACUUGUCAAAAAGAAAAGCCUGCAUAUAUAAUAAAAUGUAUAUUACAAUUGUAAUGAGAAAAAUUUUCUUAAAAUACAACUGAAUUGGAUAAGA